AUGGCAGAUAAACAGCCAAAGAACAAAGUUUGCAUCGUUGGAUCGGGAAACUGGGGUUCUGCUAUUGCGAAAAUUGUUGGUCGAAAUGCUGCGAGUCUAUCAAAUUUUGAGGAUAGAGUUACAAUGUGGGUGUAUGAAGAAAUAAUUGAAGGAAAGAAGUUAACUGAAAUAAUCAAUGAAACUCAUGAAAAUGUUAAAUACCUGCCUGGCCACAAAUUGCCUUCUAAUGUUGUUGCUGUUCCAGAUGUAGUUGAAGCUGCAAAAGAUGCUGAUCUUUUAAUAUUUGUGGUGCCUCAUCAAUUUGUCAGAACUAUCUGCUCUACUUUGCUUGGAAAAAUAAAGCCAACUGCAGCUGCUCUGUCUUUGAUUAAGGGAUUUGAUAUAGCCGAAGGCGGUGGCAUCGAUCUUAUAUCACAUAUUAUUACAAGAUGCCUAAAAAUUCCCUGUGCUGUAUUAAUGGGAGCCAAUAUUGCAUCGGAGGUUGCUGAGGAAAAAUUCUGCGAAACGACCAUUGGUUGUCGGGACGUAAUGCUGGCUCCGUUAAUGCGGGAUAUCAUACAGACAGACUACUUCAGGGUCGUGGUGGUGGACGAUGAGGACGCAGUCGAAAUAUGCGGAGCGUUAAAGAACAUUGUGGCAGUGGGUGCGGGUUUCGUGGACGGCCUCGGCUACGGUGACAACACAAAGGCUGCUGUCAUCAGACUCGGUCUCAUGGAGAUGAUCAAAUUCGUUGAUGUGUUCUACCCGGGAAGCAAGCUGAGCACGUUCUUCGAGUCAUGCGGUGUCGCAGAUUUAAUAACGACCUGCUACGGGGGCAGAAACAGACGAGUUGCCGAAGCGUUUGUUAAAACGGGACGGUCAAUAAAAGAGCUGGAAGACGAAAUGCUUAACGGUCAGAAACUACAAGGUCCUAUCACCGCGGAGGAAGUAAACCAUAUGCUCGCUAAUAAAAAUAUGGAAAACAAGUUCCCUUUGUUCACUGCGGUGUUCCGCAUCUGUCGCGGAGAACUUAAACCGAACGACUUUAUUGAUUGCAUUCGCAGUCACCCGGAACACAUGAAACUGCCCUUGGUCAAAUGUUCACUGUGACCCGACUGAGCUGCCUCUGCUGAGUGUCUCUUCACUCCACCUGCACUUAUCAUCAGCUAUUCCACAAAAUGCAUUUAUUUUGUACACUCGGCUAAGAACACAGUUUUGAAAAAGUAUAUCACGGCCCGCUUAACAUUAAACAUAUCAUAACAAGUCAGAUGACCCAUUUUGAACUAUUGCAUUGAAGAUGCACGUAUCAUGUUAUUGCUUUUGUACAUUUGACUUCAUGACUUUUUCGUGCCAAUUAAUCCACACUUAUUAUACUACUUCUUUUUGUUUUGUUUUGUUUAGAGUAAUACUUGUCGUGUACCGUUACCACCCGCUAUGGUAGAAAUAGGUACCAGUAAGUGUUGGUAUGAUUAGUGUUAAAUUAAUAGGCAAAUAAAUUGAGUGCUUGAUUUGUGAAUAGUCUCACGUUAUUCCUUCGGCUGUUAAAUUUUAUUAAGACUAUAAAAUAUAGUUAGAAAAAAUACAAAGUUAUUAAAAACUGUGUCCUUAGCUGAAAUGGCUUUGUUAUCAUUUAAUCACGAUCCGUGUUUUCUUUUGGCCGGUUUAUAGAAUAUUCUAAAAAUAUCUCUUAUGAGUUUUUUAUUUUACUUUAUUAUUAAAGAUAAAUGUAACGCCUUAGAAUACCUACGGUUUUGACACUGUACGUUUUGUCAUUGCAUACUGACUUUGGGGAAUUAAGUACCUAAAAUAGCUUUACAGUGUUUUGUACUAAUAAUAGUUACUAUUAUCAGUCAAUUUGUAGUAAUGACGUUAGGACGUUAAAAAGUCUCUUAAACUAGUCUUAAGACAAAAAUUGUUAUGUAUCAUAUGUUCGAUUUUUUUAAUUAUUAAAUAAAACAUGGUGCGCGUGAAACUUGGUGCAUGUGAAAGUGAAACUUCUUAAACGGUUUGUGAUUUUUUUCAUUUUUCGUCCAUAUAUCAAAUUUCUCCAAAAACGACCUAGCUCGCUUUGUCCUUUCCCACUCUCCACAGUUCGCGAGAUGCCAUCUAUUUUCUCACUUUUGCUCUUCCUAAUCCUAUCUUUUCUCUCUAUCUGUAACGAAUCUGUCGCGAGUUAAAUUUUACUCUCAACGCGCAUAGAGAAGUUUCACGUCAAAAAAAAAAAAAAAGUAUAGAACUUAGUUAAGAAAUUUUGCAGCAUUAAAUCCAUUCUCACCAUGAACAAAGUGAUAUGUAUAUCAUAAUUUGCCAUAUUAAAUUGAAUUCUGUGAU